CGCUUUGCGCCCGUAUAUAUACAAGGAUCGCUUUGCGCCCGUAUCUAUACAAGGAUACAAGGUCGCUUUGCGCCCAUACAAGAAAAAGAUAUAAUUACCAGAGGCGAAUGGCUUAGUGAUACACGUAUAAAUAAUUUCCAACGACUUUUACAAAGUUGUUCAAAUUAUAGACCUGUUGAUACAGUGCUAAUACAGCAUCCUGAUUCAAUAGAACCCAUAUCGAGAAAUAGAAAGCAUAUCCAGAUACUACAUAGUUCGUUGGGAGGAGGACAUUGGGUAUGUAGUUAUUAUGAUACAAAAAACAUAUGUAUUUACGAUUCUUUAAAUAAUAAAAUGUUACAUGAGCAUCAUAAACAAUUCUUGACGAAAUUAUUCCCAACACAUGACUUUAUCAAGUAUCCUGUCAAAUUUCCUACUGUGCAAAGUCAACCCAACGGUAGUGAUUGCGGUAUUUUCGCAAUAGCUUUUGCAGUUUCAUUGUUAUUUAACAUCAAACCAGAAAAAGUAAGAUAUGAUCACAGCUUAAUGCGUUUGCAUUUAAUAAAAAUUUUUGAGACAAAUAUUAUUGAGCAUUUUCCUCAAGAUUUAAACUAUGACGUUCCUCAGAAAGUGCUUCCAUUAGCAGUGGUAAGAGCAAGACAAGUUGAAGCGGCCCGUAUACGUAUAAAACGUCAAUAUGAAAAGGAAUAUGACAUAUUGAAUCAAGUAAAAGAAGCACAAAAUUCUCAGCAAUGUAUGCAUAAUUUGGAAAAGAAUCAUGCUAAGAGGAAUAAACAGCGGCGUCGAUAUGAACAGGAGUUAGAGAAUAAUCGUGCUGAACAGCGGCGUCGAUAUGAACAGAAUUUAGAGAAUAACCGUGCUAAACAGCGGCAUCGAUAUGAACAGGAUUUAGAAAAUAAUCGUGCUAAACAGCGGCGUCGAUAUGAACAGAAAUUAGAGAAUAAUCUUGCUGAAAAGCGGCGUCGAUAUGAACAGAAUUUAGAAAAUAAUUGUGCUGAAAAGUGGCGUCGGUAUGACAAGAAUUUAAUAAAAGAACGUGCGCAAAAACGAAAACGUUAUUUCAUAAAUUCUGAACGUGAACGAGAAAGACAAAAAGAAUUAUCUUCUGAUCGUAAGUGGCUUUAUAAUAAGCGAUAUUAUCAGAAAAGAAAGUCUAAUUCGAUACUUGAGAAUAAAAAUAAAAAUCAUGUUACCGAAAAUAUUUGUAAAAAAUAUGUCAAAAUUCGAGUGAGGAAUUUUAUAAAAAUUCGCGAUUCUCCGGAAGUAUUCGUAAAAAAUAUUUUAGACAAGCUCAAUAUUACAGAUUGCAGCAAAGGUUAUAUUGAAAAAUGAUUAGAAGUUGAAAAAGUCAUACGCUGGUGUAUGCAUCUAAGAGACAGCUAUAUUCGUAAUAUACAUAAAAUGUUAACUCUGCUUAAAAACAAAUCAGAAACAUGUUUGACUGUUGUUGCAGAAUGUUCUACAGUUGAUGACAAAUUACGUGCGCUGUGUGGCAUAUCUAGACAUACAGCUUCGUCCGAAAAUUAUUUUGUUGAUUCGAUUUAUCACGAUAUAAUUUCAUCUGAAGUCAAUAUAAGGGAGCAUCUAAUAAUAAAUAUGAAAGGACAGACUGAAAAUAUAUUACCCUUGAUGGAGGGAAA